AUGCAGUCCACGCGCCUCGGACCCGGCUUCACGGGCUUCCUGGUAUCUCAGCGCGCAGCUUCUUAUCAACGGUUCCAGGCUCUGCGAUUGCCUAUACCCGCACCGAGCAGAGCAAGGAUGGACAUCAACGACGUGCUAGAUCCGGAAAAGCGCGCCGCCCGGAACAACGAACUACGACGAUAUCACCAGACCUUGCAGAUGAACAACGGCUCAGGCUAUGGCAUGAGCCAAGACUCGACCUUCCCCAAUCAUCAGCAAUCAAUUCAUCAGCCCGCUGGCUUGCCGUAUAAUAUGAUGGCUCCUCAUCAACACAGCCCGCAACUCUAUGCUCCUAGCUACAUGGCCAGACAUGACAGUCAGAGCUCGUUUACCGACGAGAACUUUGGACAUGCUCAGGCGAAGAAGCAACCAGCUACAAAGCAAUUCCCCUGUAGCUUUGCCGACUGUAGAAAGAACUUUGCGAGGCGGAGUGAUCUGUCGAGACAUGCCCUUUUCCGACUCAAGUUCCCUUGCGCGGCACAGACGAAUCCAUUCUGGUCGACGUCCUUACAAGCGCAGGCGCAGGUUACCGCGGCACUAACACCUACUACGCUUCACGACUCCCCCCAGUACGUGUCUCCGUCGGAAAGCCCUCCAGGGCACCCGUUUCAAGUGCCAAAAGCGGAGCCGGCUUCGCCUCAUCCUGGACUGCCGCCCAUGGUCACUGGCAUGCAACGUCAAAACUCGGACUACGGAUAUCCACCUCAGCAUCUGCCUCUGCCUGCUCACUUGCGGGCUGGCUUCCAGCAGAAUGCGCUUCGGACGACAAGCCCGCUGAACGGCCAACCUCUUCACAACUACACGAGUGCACCGCAACCACAGAGGUCUAGCACAUCUUAUCCGACGGCAUAUGGGCCGCCUCAACCAAUGGAGCCUCCAGCCAACGGCACAGCUAGUGGAGGCGCCUCUCCACACCUUGGGGCGUGGACGUCGCCUAACCCUGGUACCCUACCACCACCGUUUGCCGUGGACGGUUCCGCUUAUCAGGAAUCUGGCUUUGGUGGUCACCAGAUGGGCUUGCCCCAGCUCAAUAAUCAUCAGCUAGGCAACCAUCAUCUUAACGGGCACCAGCUCUACUACCAUCCUGUGAAUGGGAUGGGAAGACCUCAGAGCACCGAACCCAAAGAUUAUGGCCUUCAACAACACCAAGCUCAUAUACCGCCCCCAAUGCCGCUCAAUCAUGACUGGCACCCAGAUACAUUGGAUCCUCAGCAUCAUCGGCAGGGAAGUUAUGGCACGUGGCGCCAUAACGUCACUGGUCGGCCUCCAAACGGCGGCCCCGACCACUGA